UUGACCCAGAAAAUAGGCAGUCGUUUCAAGAUCUGAUGCAGUAGUCUUUGUGCGCACCGUCCCCGCUUUGAGCAUGAAGCGUAACCCCGAGGAAUACGUCCUGUAAUCCGAAGGAGCUUUGCCUCGCACAGGAAAACUGAAGUCGCGCAACUUUGAGAAAACGCAGCGGAUACGGGAGGCAUGGGAGAUCAUAUGAUGAUGUCCAUGAAUCACAGCUCAGCAGGCACUGGUCUCCACGGUUACAGAAUGGGCAUGAAUGGCGGCCUGCAGGCGGGUCACCAACCGCACGCCAACCAGCCGGGCAUGAGGGCGCUUCCCAACGGCCAGAUGAUGCACUACGGAGGCAACCAGGCCAGCAUGGAGGCAGCCAUUAGGCAGCGCCAGGGCAUGGUCGGUGGGCCCAUGAACGGACAGCUCAACGCACCCCAGAUGGGUCAUCACCAGAUGACCUCCAGUAACAUGAUGUACAAUGGACAGCCUCAGCAACAGCAGCAGCAUCACCACCCUCAGCAGCAGCAGCAUCAUAUGCACCCACAGCAGCAUCAACAGCAGGCGCCGCAUCCGCAGCAGCAGCAGCAGCAACAACAGCAGUUCAUGAAUGGAGGGUUAACAUCUCAGCAGCUCAUGGCCAGCAUGCACCUGCAGAAGCUAAACACCCAGUACCAUGGACACCCACUGGGACCUAUGGGUGGGAACCACAUGGGGCCUACAAACCAGUACCGCAUGAACCCAGCUCAGCUGGCGAGCAUGCAGCACAUGGCCGGACCGGCACUGGCCCUAAAUGGAAUGGACGCGGAUAUGAUUGACGAGGAUGUCUUGACGUCACUAGUCAUGGAACUGGGCUUGGACCGGGUCCAGGAGUUACCAGAACUCUUUCUGGGCCAAAAUGAGUUUGAUUUUAUCUCAGACUUUGUGAGCAAGCAGCAACCUAGCACUGUUAGCUGCUGAAAGGACCUUUGUUUGCGUUGGGCCACACUUGGAGGAGGAGGUGUAAGCAUUGUCCAGGAAGGAUGGAGAGAAGCUGUUGGUUUGCUUUUAAUUUCAUGAACACAGACCAGUACAACUAAACUGAAGUUGCAGUGCUGGAUGUGCAAAAGAGAACUCUGGAUAUCCACAGCUUGUGUUUGGUUGUGGCUGGAGACCGUUCACCAUCCUGGACAUGAAUGUAACUAAGAAAUCCUUAAAAUCUCAAAAGCCACUGAACAAUACUAUGACACUAUGUAGCCUCUACGUCUGGACUCUGACAGUUUACCAGUAAAAAAGGUGUAUUUAUUUAUUCCUAUCUGAGAAAACUGAUAUACAGAAGAGCCACCUUCUCUGUUCUUGGGAUCCAAGUGUUUUUUUUUUUUCUUUUUUUUUUUUAAACAAGUUUGGGUAGGAAUAUGGAAAUUUAAGUUCUCUACUCAUGAACUUUCCUAUUCUGUUUGGCUUACUAUUAAAAUUGUUUCAUUAAAGAAAGCAAUGCUCAUUUUAUAUUAAUCACAAAAGUGAUACAGUGGAUCAUUAGUGAUGAAAUGCACACUUUCAAUUAAAAUGCUUAACUUUUGGUAAAGUGUGGCCUUUUUAAGAUGUGAUGUUCUAAAAACAAAAUCUACUGCUUGUACUGUAUGAAGCUGUAAAACUCCAACAUGUCCACACUGUCUGUGUUCUAUUGGAGAUGUAGAACCGCCUUAAUCAUGCAGAUUUUUAUUUAUUGGUUGUUUAUGUUAUUCUCAUUUUUUUUUUUUUUUUUUUGGUGGUCUUUGUGAAAGGGGGUUUUGACGAUCAAUAAAAAUGGCCUGGAUAGAAGUGUGGCCUGCCUUUCUAUUCAUUGCUUAGCGCUUCCUAUUGUCAGUAAAAGUCAGGGUGGGGGUGAGGGGACAAAUCAGAUAUUUUUCACUAGGCUUGGCCUCAGAAUCCAAUAUGGCUACCUUCAUUUUAAACUUUUUUUUUUUUUUUCCCCAUUGUUUUUUUGGAUUGAUGUUAUUGACCAACUUGUCUUUAUGGCUGUAGCUAUUUUUAAACUACAUUACACACUGAAGUUAAUUUCCUCAUGAAAAACAUGUUUUUACUAGACGUGAGCUUUUCCUGGUUAAAUAAAGCUGUUGCAGAAUAAUGGAAGGCAUUAUUAGGCAUUUCUUGUGAGAAACAACUAACAGCAGCCCAAAUACAACUCGUUUGAGAACCAUGGUUCUGGAUCGUUGAUAGUUCUUGCUUGUUCUCAUUUCUGUUCAGUUCAUUUUCAUAGGAUCCAGGACUUGACAGUGAGAUUUCUCUAGAUAAAGGUUGAAUUUUGUGUCUGGUGAAUCUUGUCUAUGUUCAUUUGAUCAUGUUUUUUUCAGUCUUUGCUCUGCUCCAAAAUCUAG